AUGCGACUGGUGGGAGGUCGCCAUCGCUGUGAAGGGCGGGUGGAAGUGGAACGGGACGGCCAGUGGGGCACCGUGUGUGAUGACGGCUGGGACAUGAAAGAUGUGGAAGUGGUGUGCCGGGAGCUGGGCUGUGGAGCAGCCACAGGGACACCCAGUGGUACUUUAUAUAAGCCAUUGGCAGAAAAAGACCAAAAAGUCCUCAUCCAAGGGGUCAGCUGCAGUGGGAUGGAAAGUGAACUGAUUCAUUGUGAGCAAGAGGAAGAUGUUUUUGAUUGCUCCCACAGUGAGGAUGCAGGGGCGAAGUGUGAAAUUCCAGAGACUGUGCGGCUGGUUGGUGGCCCUGAUCACUGCAAAGGGCGAGUGGAGGUGAAGCACCAACAGCAAUGGGGCACCGUGUGCAAAGCAGGCUGGAAUCUCUCAGCCGCGAAGGUGGUGUGCCGGCAGCUGGGGUGUGGGAGGGCCAUACUGACCCAAAGAUCCUGCAACAAGGAUACCCAGGGCCAAGGGCCCAUCUGGCUGAGUGAGGUGUCAUGCUCAGGACAAGAAGGAAACCUUCAGGAUUGCUCUUCUGGGCUCUGGGGGAAGAAUAACUGCACCCAUGAUGAGGACACAUGGGUUGAAUGUGAAGAUCCCUUUGACUUGAGGCUGGUAGGAGGAGACUCCCGCUGCUCUGGGAGACUGGAGGUGCUGCACAAGGGUGAAUGGGGCUCUGUCUGUGAUGAUGGCUGGGGAGAAAAUGAGGAACAGGUGGUGUGCAAGCAACUGGGCUGUGGGGAGUCAAUCUUUCUAUCUGCCAAAGCCCGGAGAAACUUUGGCCUUGGAGCUGGCCGCAUCUGGCUAGAUGAUGUUCAUUGCUCAGGGAAGGAGCAGUCCCUGGAGCAGUGUCGGCACAGGUUCUGGGGGUAUCACAACUGCAACCACAAGGAAGAUGUGGCCAUGACCUGCUUAGGGGAGCUGGUUGAAUUAAGUGCCUGGGGCACUGUACCAGAUUCUGACAUGGUUCACAUCAGUAACUGUAGCCUGGCCUUCUUGAUGCUUGACCUGAUCCCUGCAGGCCCUGAGUGUCUUUUGCUUUCUCCUGGGCCAGAAUGGCCUGGCAUGAGCACUGAGCCUGUAGGCUUAGCUACCACUCCCUCAGCCCCUCAGCAGGAAUCUGAACACUCUGCUUAUACUUUGCUCUCAGAGCCAAGCACCCCUAUCAUCGCCUGGAGAUAUGAGCUGUUGAAUUCUCUCUUGCUGGGGAAGAUGAGCUCCUAG